UAUUUACUAGCGUAUUUGCUGGCUGCGCGGCCGCCAACCGUCCGCAAAACGAAAAAUCCGAAAAGGAAAAAGAAAAAGAAGAAACGGAAAUCUUCACGACGAUUCAGUUCGACGAUCUAACGUUGGAUCCUCCGUGGCUGAGUCCGCAUCGAGCGCCGCCGGACGACUCCGGCAACAAGGUAGCGAGCACGCACAAUAAAAUGAAACUCUCCGGCGGCGGUGACUCGGAAAUGUUGGGCAUGCCGGUGGAUACGCUUCUCAUGAAUCCUUGGAACAGCAACAACGACUUCACCAACGCGGACGUGCGACGUUUUCUCAUCGGCGAAGACACCAAGUUGACGUUGGGCGCCGCCGAUAUCGACGACGACGACGACGACAACGACAUCGUCAACGACCAAAAACCCACCAUCGACGAUUUGGAUAUGCUGCUGACGGCCACCACUACCAGCUCGACGACUACGCUGUCGGGUCCCGGCCCCGGCGGCGGCCCUACGCUACACCACAACAACCACAACAACAACACGCUGGCCGAAUUGAAACCGCUGCCGCCGUUCACCGGCUACACCGGCCAUCUCAGCAUAAACGGCAUCUCCGGCCAUCAUUACCACGCGAUAGCGACGGCGCCAAAUUCGGCGGCGCGCAUCAUGGUCGAAACGAACAACAACUCGGUCGACACGACCAACCAGAACGACGUGCCGUACUACUCGACCGAUCACGUGGUCAGCUCGUCCACCAUGGACAACACCAUCGACAGCAUCAAGUCGGAAAGCGCCGGACUCGAGUACGGCCUGCACAACGACUGCAUCGACGACGAUUUCGCGGCCAUCAUCAGCUCGGCCAUGGCCGAUACCACCGUGCCCGGCAAUCACGCCUACGACGACGACGACACUCGCGACAGCUGGCUCGACCUGGACGCCUUCAUAGUCAGCCACUGCGGCCAAAGCACCUCGCCCACGUCCAGCAAGACCACCGUUACCCUGCACAGCAAUCAGGCCUCCAACGGACCCGGCGGCGGCGGCGGCCCUACCAACGUUCUUUGUCCGCCGGACACGUUGGCCGAUUUCGUCACCAAUUCGCAAUUCGUCGUCAAUCCGACGCCUUCGCAAGUCCUGUCCGCGUACACGCCUCAGCAACAGCUCAAAGCGCAACUCGGACCGCAGCAGCAACCACAACAACAGCCUUCAGGACCUCACCAUGGUCAGAGUCGAGCCGGAGGCGGCGGCGGCGGCAACGACCUGAACGCCGCGGUUACCGCCACCGUCGUCGCCACUACCACCUUUCCGCAUAUGCCUCUGCUGCAGAGCCGGCUGCAGAACGGCCCUCCCAAACAGGAAUACGCUCAGGAUAUCGGGCACGGCAUCGUGUCCGAGUGCCCGUCGCCGUCCUCCUCCACCACCUACCCGCCGCACAGUCCGCCCUGCCACGUGGUCAGCACCUCGGACAUCGGCUUCAUACAGGUGCACAGCUCGACCAGGCCGUCGCCCGAACUGCAGGUCAGCUUCCCGCACACCACGACGCCCAGCAAAAAGUCGCGAAAUCGAGCCAAAUCCAAGGUCGCCUCCAGCAUCGUCUACAACGACGGCAAUCUCGGCAAAGAAAAGACUGUACACCGGUGCAACAUCUGCAAUCGAGGAUUCCUCAACAAGUCCAACAUCAAAGUCCACCUGCGUACGCAUACCGGCGAAAAACCUUUCAGGUGCGAAGUGUGCGGCAAAGCUUUCCGUCAAAAAGCGCAUCUCAUCAAACACGCGCAGAUUCAUAAACGAGUGGGCCGUGAUUAACUCGUACCUUUAUCUAUCCUUUCGCUGAUGAUACUUUCAAUGUUAGUCAUAUUAUACCUUAUGUCAUGUUAUUUUUAUUUGUUUGUUUCUUAUAUUGUUCGUUUGUUUGUUUGUUUGUUUAGUUUGUUUGUUCGUAUUGUUUGUUUACGCGUUCGUUCGUUCGUUCGUUCUCCUCAUCAGAGCGUUCGUUCGUUUGUUUGUUUCCUUUUUUCUUUCUUUUUUAAUUUAAAAUUUUUCCUCCCCCAUUUUUUUCAUUUACCUACUACUAUUAUUUUAUUCGUAUUUCUUUUUACAUUUGUUUUUUUUUCUCUUUUUUUUUGUACAGAAUUUACCUUAAAUGUCGUUUAUUUGAUUCUAUUUCUCUCGCCUUAUUGACGUGUACAUUUUUUUCCCCACUAGGCUACGUAACUUAUUGAAAAUGCUGACUAUGUUCACUAUACGAAAACUUUCUACUUAGGUAUUUAAGUGAUAAAGACUACUGAUUAAAGACGAUAAGAACUUUUAUUGAUAUUGCGAGUGAAUAACUUUGAUUCUGUUUCCCUUUCAUUGUUCUUAAGGAGUAAAAAUUAUCUAUUAAUUUCAUUUUCCUACAAAUGUCUUUCGUAUUUUUUCAAGAUCAGUUGUUACAGGGAAACCCCAAUAACUUAUCAAAGGCGCAUCCAAGUUUCUUUUUGAAGUGACAGGGUGGGAGGGAAGUUUCAGAACGUUGAUGUCGUUCAAACGGUAUCGACGACAUAAAUGAAACUUGAAUUCAAAAAGUUUGCAAGUUUAUUGAAAAAAUAUAAAAAAUUCUCGCUGAAAUUUUAUCGUGAUUUUAAGUAAAAAAUUAAUUUUAUAAUUUUCGAAUUUAAUUAGAUUUUUGAGCGGGAGUACAAUAGGUACGAGUAUCACAUUCUUGCAUAAGUAUCGAGUUCGGAAAUAGGAUAUUCUUGCAUGCGUCAUGCGUCAUCAGAAUCAAACGUUUCACAAAACAAUGUCAAAUAGUUAUCUCAUUUUAAAUAGACUUUCCUUAUUUUUUAUUUAUUUAUUCGCCUUUAUAAUAAAGUAACAGUAAAUUUGGGAAAACUAAGUUCAUACUCGUACGAACCGAAUAGGUAUUAAUAUUACACGCGUGUAAGCAAAUUAAAUACCAAUCUAGGUAUAUUUAUUAUACCCGGGUACCUUUAAUGUCCUACCUGUGAAAAUAUAAUAUGUAGCGAUGUACGUAAUUCUCAUCAUUUAAAAUAGUAAUAAUGAUAGUUCAAUAUUUAUAUACCUAUCAAUUUACGAACUCAUUUUAGUCGUGUUACUCAUAUUUUUAAUAUCCUGGGCGAUUUACAAUAGAUUUCCGGGAGAACAUUUCGACUGCACGCGGCUUUAAUGAACAUUUCGAAUCCAAAUACUAGGGUAGGGUGUGGUGGGAGAGGCGGGAUCACUUUGAACUAUCUUGUGUGAUGUGAGUGGCACCUUAUAGCAUAUAAAAUAUGUACGAGUGAUCGAGUAUAACGACGAUGGCUGAGAGCCCAUGUGAAAGUGCAAUUCAAAUACAAAAAUAUUGACCACAUAAUUGCGAGACAAAAUUUGACGAAUUGACGUAUAAUAAAUUGUUGGAAUUACGUACCUUACCUGCCUGAACCAUGUUUUUUAAACAUUGAAAUUAGUGUAAAUAUCGAAGUAAAACUUUAUUUAGUAUGCACUGUUGUGCAGAAUGUGUUGCGUUUUUUUUAAUGCUUUACGGUACAGAUUAAUAAUAAAUUUUCGUUAUUCGUUUGUUCCAAGAUCUCAAUUAGGCCCCUUUUAUAAUAAUAAUAAAAAAAAAAUCACUGAAAAUCAAACGUUUAGGUAAAUAUUUUACACGUUGAACAAUUCCCUCGAAAUUGCAAUACCCGUGAUUACCUACAUUUUUUUAAAAAAGUUUUUAGACGAAUUUGAAAAAAAAGUCGAACUAAAAACCAAGGGCCUUUGGGGUGAACAUAUGUAACAAGUAGAUGUUUUUCUGUACUGUAUUAUUUUGUAAAUUUUAAAUCCCGCAUACUAUGUGGGCCUAUUUGUUUUUUAUAUGUGUAAAUAUGUUUUUAGAUUAAAAGAUAUUUUUGUACAUUUUGUUCUCUUCUAUAUUUUUUUUAUUUUUUCUGUUCCGCGUGAAUUAUUACGUAAUCAAUGGUACAAAUUUACUUUUAAAAAGUAUUUCAACCAAGUAUUUAUUAAUUUCGGCCAGUAAGUAAAUGAAAUUAUUUUCGAAAAAAGUACUACCUACUAGAUCGAUAUUAAUUUCAAUAACGAAUUCGCAUACACAUAGCUUCCACAAUUAUCUGGAACAUUAUUUAUAACUCACACAUAUUCGCGCGUAAAAUUAAUUAAAUAUGUAUGUACUUACGUAAAAAGUUACCUACCUCAAAAUAGAUGUUUUUGGUUCUAUAAAAAAUCAUCCCUCGUGUAUAAUAAUUCAAAUAGAAUACGUGUAAUGUAAAUUCUAGGAUGUAAUUAUACUUCGAGAAUCGAACUAUAAAUAUAUGGCUUAAUUGGUUAAGAUGCUAUUCAACUUUCACUAUUUUACGCGACUAAAAAAAUGUUUCCUCAUCGUGAAAAAAUGUAUACGACUUUCGUUCGCAAAAUACUUAUUAAUUAGGUACAAUGUAUUGGUGGUUAUAAAAGGGCUGUUUCCAUGUUUUUUUUCCUAAUAAUUUCAUAGUUUGUAUUUUAAAGUGUUCGGUCUUUGGUAUGAUCUUAUUAAGUGCUUGUUAAAUAUUUGUAAAAUAUUUUGAUUUUUUUUUUUUUUUUUUUUUAACAACCAAAGGGAAACACUUUUGUACAUUUUCUUACAAAUAUGUGAUCGCAAAAUGUUUUCUUUGUGUAUUCGUAAUAAUUUUAAUAAAAUUUUUGUUAAAUUUU